AUUACUAUCAUUCUCUUCUUCAUCCCUCUGCAUUUUCUUUAAUUUUUUUUUUUUUUUUUUUCCUGAAAAUACUAAGCAAAAAUGAGAGCAAGAAACUGCAUUAACGUCUCUUUCUCGUUCAUGUUGCUCAUUGGAGCAAUAAUAUGUUCAACAUCAUCAGCCUACCCAACAGGCAAGAUGAAGAAGUCAUACAAGCCAUGCAAGCAAUUUGUUCUCUACUUUCACGACAUCCUCUACAAUGGCAAGAACAAAGACAACGCAACGGCGGCCAUCGUAGCAGGCCCGGAGGGAACAAACAGGACAAUUCUCGCCGAUAACUUCCAUUUCGGAAACAUAGCUGUCUUUGAUGAUCCCAUUACAGUUGACACCAAUCUGCAUUCGAAGCCUGUUGGGAGGGCACAAGGGUUUUACAUUUAUGACACGAAGAACACGUUCACCGCCUGGCUUGGCUUCACGUUUGUGCUCAACAGCACUCUCCAUGGCCAGGGCACCAUCAACUUCAUGGGUGCUGAUCCGAUUCUGGUGAAGAGCAGGGACAUUUCUGUGGUGGGUGGGACUGGUGAUUAUUUCAUGCACCGUGGAGUUGCUUCGAUUAUGACUGAUGCUUUCGAAGGAGACGUUUAUUUCAGGCUUCGAGUUGAUAUUAAAUUCUAUGAGUGUUGGUGAUACGGAACUCCAACCUCUAAUCGUUUCUUUUUAUCCUUCAAAUUCAAAGUGAAUUUGAAUAAUAUUAGUGAGUAAAAGAA